CGGCACGGCCGGGCUCGGGGCCCGGGGGACGCCCGAGGGGAGAGGUCGGCCGACCAGGUCGCGGGCUCCGAGUCCGAGUCCCCGGCCUGGGUGAUCGGGGCGCCGGCUUCGGGCGCCCGGAGGCCCGGCGGGGCAGGUGGGCGAUGGCGAGGGGCGCACGCCCGGGCGCCGCGAACAGCCAUUUUGGCUGCGGGCUGGGCCACGCGGGCUUGGCCGCCGACCCGUUCCGCCCGCGGCAUCCCCCGCGCCCGGUGCCGGAGGGACGCGGCCCAGCGCGAUCCAGGACUCCGGGAGCACGGCGGGGGUGGGGGGGGCACCAGUCUCCAUCACGUGGGCGCCGCGCGGAACCCCGAAGUUCUGGAGGGCGGGCUGGCGGUGGCGGCGGGGCGAGGUCGGCGCCGCGGGGUCUCCAGCCCCUGCCCGGGCCGCGCCGGACUCGGCGUGAAUAGCAAGUAGGGAGAACAGCGGGCGCGCUCAGGGGGAAGCUGCCGCCCGGGCGCUGGAGCCUCCGGGCCGCCAAAGGGCUCUUUAUUCAGCGCCGGGGGUGGGGGCUCCCUCCCGGCCGGGACUCGGGGCCGCCGCGCCGCCCAAGGAAGACGCUGCUUUCGGCUCACGCGCCCUUGCUCAGAGGGACCCGGAGACCCGGGAGGGCGGCGGGCUGCCGUGCCUGCCGCUCAUUAGUGCCACGAGGCCUUCGGGCCUUGGCGGAAGUUGCCGGAGUAACCCUGGCCUUGCACCCUUCUUCAGGGGCUGUCCAGGGGCCCCGUUCCUGGACCCCUAAGCCCAGGGUGGCCUGGGCUUUCUCUGCAGGGGGGGCCUCGGGGACCUUAGUCCGGAUGGCCAGGCAGGCUGUGUGGAGUUAGGCCAGCAGUGUCCCUUUGCCUCCUCACCUGCACAGGUGUGCGGGCCUGGGCAGCACUUGCAGGCCAGAACCAGGAACGAUUCUGCCUGCUGGAGGGGCUAGACUGGCUGGGUGGGCCCAGCUCUGGGCAGGGGCCGUCUUUUCCCCAGAGCCCUUCCAGGUUUAGGUGCAGUUUGAGGGCUGCCCUGAGUGACAGUCGGCCCCUGCCCCCAGCAUGGAGAGCGGCCUGGGAUGCACUGGAGUGCAGGGCCCACUGGUUAGAGUGGGUCGGCGUUCCCCCACUGCCAUAUCUCCUUUCCUCAAAUCUCGGUACCCUUUCUUUUUUGUUUGCUUAAUUCACCGGGUUAGCUCUUAACAGAUCGAGUGCCCAGCGGUCUGGUCUUAGGAGGAGUUCGGCCCUUCUGGGAUGGCCUUGCCUGCUGCCCUCUGUGAGGCCCUCUCCCAGGAGCACCCCAGCGGCAGGUUGCAGAGGUCGCAGGGACUGUUGGGGUCCAGAUAUGAGGCAGCAGGGCCAUGGGGGGGGGGGUCACCCCAGGCCAGGGCCCCAGAAGUGCCAGGCCAGUGCCAAAGGCCAGAGGGUCCAGUCGUCCCAGUGAAAAGUAGGGGCUGGCUGGACCAGUGUGGACUCCCCCAUGCACCUGAGGCGUCUGUCCUGGCCAGCCCAGGGCGCAGGAGCUGGCCUCCUGGAUCUUGGUCUCACCGCUCACAAACCCGUAGGUGGUGCUGUGGGGUUAGAAAGCCAGGGGAGAGGCUGCAGCCUGGUGGUCUGGCAGCCGGAUAUGACCAGCGCCAGGCCCCCACAUUACUCCCCCUGCACAGAGCAGCCAUGGAGGACGUUGUGAUUGCUGGCAUGUCCGGGAAGCUGCCCGAGUCAGAGAACAUGGAGGAGUUCUGGGCCAACCUCAUCGGCGGCGUGGACAUGGUGACAGACGAUGACAGGAGGUGGAAGGCAGGACUCUACGGCCUGCCCAAGCGUACCGGCAAGCUAAAGGACCUGUCCAAGUUCGAUGCCUCCUUCUUCGGGGUCCACCCAAAGCAGGCUCACACGAUGGACCCCCAGCUGCGCUUGCUACUGGAGGUCACCUACGAGGCCAUCCUGGAUGGAGGCAUCAACCCGGCUACCCUGCGAGGGACACACACAGGCGUCUGGGUGGGCGUGAGUGGCUCGGAGGCCUCAGAGGCUCUGAGCCGAGACCCCGAGACUCUCCUGGGCUACAGCAUGGUGGGCUGCCAGCGGGCUAUGAUGGCCAACCGUCUCUCCUUCUUCUUUGAUUUUAAAGGGCCCAGCAUCGCUCUGGACACAGCCUGCUCCUCCAGCCUGCUGGCCCUUCAGAACGCCUACCAGGCCAUCCGCAGGGGAGAGUGCCCCGCAGCCAUCGUGGGCGGCCUCAACAUCCUGCUCAAGCCCAACACCUCCGUGCAGUUCAUGAAGCUCGGCAUGCUGAGCCCCGACGGAACCUGCAAGGCCUUCGACGAGUCCGGGGACGGCUACUGCCGUGCGGAGGCCGUGGUGGCCGUCCUGCUGACCAAGAAGUCCCUGGCCCGGCGUGUGUAUGCCACCAUCCUCAACGCCGGCACCAACACGGACGGCUGCAAGGAGCAAGGUGUGACCUUCCCCUCCGGGGAGGCGCAAGAACAGCUCAUCCGCUCGCUGUACGAGCCGGCUGGGUUGAGCCCAGAGUCCCUCGAGUAUAUCGAAGCCCACGGCACAGGGACCAAGGUGGGGGACCCCCAGGAGCUGAACGGCAUCGCCCAAGUCCUGUGUUCCUCCCGCCAGGAGCCCCUGCUGAUCGGGUCCACCAAGUCGAACAUGGGGCACCCGGAGCCCGCUUCAGGGCUCGCGGCUCUGGCCAAGGUGCUGCUGUCCCUGGAGCAUGGGCUCUGGGCCCCCAACCUGCACUUCCGGAGCCCGAACACCGAGAUCCCCGCGCUCCAGGACGGACGGCUGCAGGUGGUGCAGCAGCCCCUGCCCGUCCGCGGAGGCAACGUGUGUAUCAAUUCGUUCGGCUUCGGCGGCUCCAACGUGCACGUCAUUCUCCAGCCCAAUCUGCGGCUGCCCUUGGCCCCCACCCGGCACGCCUCUCUGCCCCGUCUGCUGCGGGCCAGCGGACGCACCCCGGAGGCCGUGCACUGCCUGCUGGAGCAAGGCCACCGGCACAGCCAGGACCUGGCCUUCGUGAGCAUGCUCAAUGACAUCGCGGCCAUCCCCCCCACCGCCAUGCCCUUCCGGGGCUACACCGUGCUGGGUGGCAAGGGCGGCAGCCAGGAGGUACAGCAGGUGGCCGCUGGCAAGCGUCCGCUCUGGUUCAUCUGCUCGGGGAUGGGCGCACAGUGGUGCGGGAUGGGAUUGAGCCUCAUGCGCCUGGGCAGCUUCCGGGACUCCAUCCUGCGCUCCGACGAGGCCGUGAAGCCCUUGGGACUGCAGGUGUCUGAGCUGCUGCUGAGCACAGACGAGGCCACCUUUGAUGACAUCGUCCACGCCUUCGUGAGCCUCACCGCCAUCCAGAUCGCCCUCAUAGACCUGCUGAACUCCAUGGGUCUGCGGCCCGACGGAAUCAUCGGGCACUCCCUGGGUGAGGUGGCCUGCGGCUACGCAGAUGGCUGCCUUUCUCAGGAGGAGGCCGUCCUCGCCGCCUACUGGAGGGGCCAGUGCAUCAAGGAGACCAACAUCCCACCGGGGACCAUGGCGGCCGUCGGCUUGUCCUGGGAGGAGUGUAAGCAGCGCUGCCCCCCUGGUGUCGUGCCCGCCUGCCACAAUUCUGAGGACACAGUGACCAUCUCGGGACCGCAGGCCGAGGUGGCUGCAUUCGUGGCGGAGCUGAAGCAGGAGGGUGUGUUUGCCAAGGAGGUGCGGACGGGCGGCAUGGCCUUCCACUCCUACUUCAUGGACUCCAUCGCCCCCACAUUGCUUCAGGCCCUCAAGAAGGUGAUCCGGGAGCCGCGGCCCCGCUCGGCACGCUGGCUCAGUACCUCCAUCCCCGAGGCCCAGUGGCAGGGCAGCCUGGCCCGCACGUUCUCGGCGGAGUAUAACGUCAACAAUCUGGUGAGCCCCGUGCUGUUCCAGGAGGCGCUGUGGCACGUGCCCGGGGACGCCGUGGUGUUGGAGAUCGCUCCCCACGCCCUGCUGCAGGCCGUCCUCAAGAGAGGCCUGAAGUCCAGCUGUACCAUCAUCCCUCUGAUGAAGAAGGACCAAAGAGACAACCUGGAGUUCUUCCUCAGCAACGUGGGCAAGUUGCAUCUGCUGGGCUUCGAUGUCAACCCCAAUGGCCUGCUUCCACCCGUGGAGUUCCCGGUGCCCCGGGGCACUCCUCUCAUCUCCCCUCACAUCAAGUGGGACCACAGUCAGACCUGGGACGUCCCCACCGCCAAGGACUUCCCCAGCGGCUCCAGUGGCUCCUCUGCCUCCACCGUCUGCAACAUCAGCAUCAGCCCUGAAUCCCCUGACCACUACCUGGUGGACCACUGCAUCGACGGCCGCGUCCUCUUCCCCGCCACCGGCUACCUGUGCCUGGUCUGGAAGACUCUGGCACGGACCUUGAGUCAAAACAUGGAACAAGUACCCGUGGUGUUUGAGGACGUGACACUGCACCAGGCUACUGUCCUACCCAAGACCGGGACCGUGCCCUUGGAAGUGCGGCUCCUACAGGCUUCCCGUACCUUCGAGGUGUCUGAGAACGGCAACCUGAUAGUGAGCGGGAAGGUUUACCAGUGGGAGGACCCCGACACCAAGCUGUUCGACAGCCGGGACGGCCUGGACACCACGGACCCCACAGCUACGUUCCACCUGAGCCAGAGGGACGUGUACAAAGAGUUGAGGCUGCGUGGCUAUGACUACGGCCCUCACUUUCAAGGCAUCCUCGAGGCCAACCUCGAAGGCAACGCGGGCCGGCUGCUGUGGAAGAACAACUGGGUGACGUUCCUGGACGCCAUGCUGCAGACAUCCAUCCUGGGCCUGGCCCAGUGCGGCCUGCGUCUGCCCACCCGCAUCACCUCUGUCCGCAUCGACCCCGCCACCCACCAGCGCAGGGUGUACUCGCUGCAGGGCGAGGCCCAAGCGGUCAACGUGGUGGUGAACAGUUGUCUGAACAGCACGGUGGCCGGCGGCGUCCUCAUCUCGGGCCUCCACGCCUCGAUGGCCCCACGGCGGCAGCAGGAGCAGUUUGCGCCCAUCCUGGAGAAGUUCUGUUUCACGCCGCACACGGAGGAGGGGCUCCUGGCUGGAGACACGGCCCUGCAGGAGGGGCUGCAGCUGUGCAGGGGGCUGGCACGGGCGCUGCAGACCAAGGUGGCCCAGCAGGGGCUGAAGAUGGCGGUGUCUGGGCUGGACGGGGCCCAGGCCCCCCAGGAGCCUCCAAAGCAAGGCCUGCCCCGGCUGCUGGCGGCCGCCUGCCAGCUGCAGCUCAACGGGGGCCUCCAGCUGGAGCUGGGCCAGCUGCUGGCCCAACAGAGGCCCCUGCUGCAGGACGACCCCCUGCUCAGCGGCCUCCUCGCUUCCCCGGCGCUCAAAGCCUGCGUGGACACCGCCCUGGAGAACAUGCCCAGCCUCAAGAUGAAGGUCGUGGAGGUGCUGGCUGGCGAUGGCCACCUGUAUUCUCACAUCCCGGCGCUGCUUAACACCCAGCCCAUGCUGCAGCUGGAGUACACGGCCACUGACCGCCACCCUCAGGCCCUGGAGGCCGUGCAGGCCAAGCUGCAGCAGCACGGCAUAGCCCAGGGCCAUUGGGACCCUGCAGACCCCGCCCCUGGCAGCCUGGGCUCAGCUGAUCUCCUCCUGUGUAACUGUGCGGUGGCCAGCCUCGGUGACCCGGCCACGGCCGUUGGCAACAUGGGGGCCGCUCUCAAGGAGGGCGGCUUCCUGCUGCUGCACGCUCUGCUCAAAGGACACCCCCUUGGAGAGACGGUCGCCUUCCUCACCUGCCCCGAGCCGCGGCGAGGCCAGCAGAGCCUCCUAAGCCAGGACGAGUGGGAGAGUCUGUUUGCCGGGGCGUCCCUGCACCUGGUGGCCCUGAAGAGGUCCUUCUACGGCUCUGUGCUCUUCCUGUGCCGUCGGCCGGUCCUACAGGACAGCCCUGUCUUCCUGCCUGUGGAGGACCCCAGUUUCCAGUGGGUGAACUCCCUGAAGAACAUUUUGGCCGACUCCUCCCAGCAGCCCGUGUGGCUAACAGCCACCAGCUGCCCCGACUCAGGCGUCGUGGGCUUGGUGAACUGUCUCCGCAGAGAGCCUGGCGGGCACCGGAUUCGGUGCAUCCUGGUGUCCAACCUCAGCAGCACGUCCCGCACCCCCAGUUUGGACCCCGGCUCCUCGGAGCUGCAGAAGGUGCUACGGGGGGACCUCGUGAUGAAUGUCUACCGAGACGGGGCCUGGGGGGCCUUCCGCCAUUUCCCCCUGGAGCGCGGCCUGCCAGAGGAGCAGACCGAGCACGCCUUCGUGAACGUCCUCACGCGGGGGGACCUCUCCUCCAUCCGCUGGGUCUGCUCCCCUCUGCGUCACACCCAGCUCACCGGCCCCGGCAUCCAGCUCUGUGCCGUCCACUAUGCCUCCCUCAACUUCAGAGAUAUCAUGCUGGCCACGGGCAAGCUGUCCCCUGACGCCAUCCCAGGGAAGUGGGCCCUCCGCAACUGUUUGCUGGGCAUGGAGUUCUCUGGCCGAGACGCCAGCGGCAAGCGUGUCAUGGGGCUGGUGCCCGCUGAAGGCCUGGCUACCUCCGUCCUGCUCUCUCAGGACUUCCUGUGGGAGGUGCCCUCCAGCUGGACCCUAGAGGAGGCGGCUUCGGUGCCUGUGGUCUACACCACCGCCUACUACUCGCUGGUGGUGCGGGGGCGCGUGCAGCCCGGGGAGACGGUGCUCAUCCACUCAGGCUCGGGCGGCGUGGGCCAGGCCGCCAUCGCCAUCGCCCUCAGCCUGGGCUGCCGCGUCUUCACUACCGUGGGGUCAGCCGAGAAGCGGGCGUACCUCCAGGCCAGGUUCCCCCAGCUCGACGACACCAGCUUCGCCAACUCCCGGGACACGUCCUUUGAACAGCACGUGCUGCGGCACACAGCAGGGAAGGGUGUGGACCUGGUCCUGAAUUCUCUGGCAGAAGAAAAGCUACAGGCCAGCGUGCGGUGCCUGGCCCAGCACGGCCGGUUCCUGGAAAUCGGCAAAUUCGACCUUUCGAACAACCACCUGCUGGGCAUGGCCGUCUUCCUGAAGAACGUGACCUUCCACGGGGUCCUGCUGGAUUCGCUCAUGGACGAAGGCGGGAACAGCUGGCAGGAGGUGGCUGCGCUGCUGAAGGCGGGCAUCCGGGACGGCGUGGUGCAGCCCCUCAAGUGCACCGUGUUCCCCAAGGACCGGGUGGAGGACGCCUUCCGCUACAUGGCCCAAGGGAAACACAUCGGCAAAGUGGUCAUCCAGGUGCGCAGGGAGGAGCCGGAGGCGGUGCUGCGGGAGACGGGUCCCACCCUGAUGGCCGCCGUGUCCAGGACCUACUGCCCGGCCCACAAGAGCUAUGUCAUCACGGGGGGCCUGGGCGGCUUCGGCCUGGAGCUGGCCCAGUGGCUUGUGCUGCGAGGGGCCCGGAAACUCGUGCUGACCUCUCGCUCUGGGAUCCGCACAGGCUACCAGGCCAAGCAGGUCCGUGAGUGGAGGCGCCAGGGCAUACAGGUCCUGGUGUCCACCAGCAACGCCAGCUCGCUGGAUGGGGCCCAGAGCCUCAUCGAUGAGGCCACGCGGCUGGGGCCCGUGGGAGGCGUCUUUAACCUGGCCGUGGUCCUGAGAGACGCCAUGCUGGAGAACCAAACCCCUGAGCUCUUUCAGGACGUCAACAGGCCCAAGUACAGCGGCACCGUGAACCUGGACAGGGUGACCCGAACUGCGUGCCCCGAGCUGGACUACUUUGUGGCCUUCUCCUCCGUGAGCUGCGGGCGCGGCAACGCCGGCCAGACCAACUAUGGCUUCGCCAACUCCACCAUGGAGCGCGUGUGUGAGAAGCGCCAGCACGACGGCCUCCCGGGCCUCGCCAUUCAGUGGGGCGCCAUCGGUGACGUGGGCAUCAUCCUGGAGUCCAUGGGCUCCAACGAUACGGUCAUCGGCGGGACGCUGCCGCAGCGGAUUGCCUCCUGCUUGGAGGUGCUGGACCUCUUCCUGAACCAGCCCCACCCCGUCCUGAGCAGCUUUGUGCUGGCCGAGAAGAAGGCCACUGCCCACAAUGACAGCAGUGGCCGGCAGGACCCGAUGGAGGCCGUGGCCCACAUCCUGGGCAUCCGAGACUUGGCCACCGUCAACCUGGACAGCUCGCUGGCAGACCUGGGUCUGGACUCGCUCAUGGGCGUGGAGGUGCGCCAGAUGUUGGAGCGCGAGCAUGACCUGGUGAUGUCCAUGCGGGACAUCCGGCAGCUCACGCUCCGGAAGUUGCAGGAGCUUUCCUCGAAGGCUGGCACAGCCAAUGAGCUGGCAGCCCCCGCACCCAAGGAGGACACCCCUGCCGGCCAGCAGGCCCAGCUGAACCUCAGCACCCUGCUGGUGAACCCCGAGGGCCCGACCUUGACACGGCUCAACUCGGUGCAGAGCUCUGAGCGCCCCCUGUUCCUGGUGCACCCCAUCGAGGGCUCCAUCACUGUGUUCCACAGCCUGGCGUCCAAGCUCAGCAUCCCCACCUACGGCCUACAGUGCACUCGAGCCGCGCCCCUGGACAGCAUCCAGAGUCUGGCCGCCUACUACAUCGAGUGCGUCAGGCAGGUGCAGCCGGAAGGGCCCUACCGCAUCGCCGGCUAUUCCUACGGGGCCUGCGUGGCCUUCGAGAUGUGCUCGCAGCUGCAGGCCGCGCAGCAGGGCCCCACCCCCGCGCACAACAGCCUCUUCUUGUUCGACGGUUCGCACGCCUAUGUGCUGGCCUACACGCAGAGCUACCGCGCGAAGCUGACCCCUGGCUGUGAGGCCGAGGCCGAGGCCGAGGCCAUGUGCUUCUUCCUGCAGCAGUUCACCGACAUGGAACACAACAGGGUGCUGGAGGCGCUGCUGCCCCUCGAGGGCCUGGAGGAGCGCGUGGCGGCCACCGUGGACUUGAUCACGCGCAGCCACGCGGGCCUGGACCCCCGCGAGCUGAGCUUCGCGGCGCGCUCCUUCUACCACAAGCUGCGCGCGGCCGAGCAGUACACCCCCCGGGCCACCUACCACGGCAACGUGACGCUGCUGCGCGCCAAGACGGGCAGCGUGUACGGCGAGGGCCUGGGCGCCGACUACAACCUGUCCCAGGUGUGCGACGGCAAGGUGUCCGUGCACGUGAUCGAGGGGGACCACCGCACGCUGCUGGAGGGCAGCGGCCUGGAGACUAUCCUCAGCAUCAUCCACAGCUCCCUGGCCGAGCCGCGCGUCAGCGUCCGGGAGGGCUAAGCGCCCCGGGGCCCAGGGAGGGUCCUGCGGGUGGGACCGCCUGGCCCAGACCCCUGCCCACGGCCCGCCUCUCCUCCCCGCGCGACCGCGGGCCUGGGGCGGUGGGCGGAUGGGGGGCUGCGCCGCCGACUCGGAGACCUGCCUCGGUCUGUGAAGAGUCGGCCUGGCCGCCGGCCGAGCAGAGCCUUGUGCGCCGCGCGGGGCCUGCCACACAGGCCUGAUCCUCGGUUCUCCGUUUGAUUCUCCUAUUUAUUGCGUCGCCCGGGAAACGCCAGGGCCUCGUCCACCCUGCGCAGGCCGGCGGCGCGGGAGCCCCAGCCCCGGGGCCCCCAUGAUGCAGGGGCCUGCGGAAGGGGGCAGCCCCGGGGACACCCGCCCUGUGUUCGUCUGUGUUCGUUUUUCAAAAACAUGAUUCAAAUUGCUGCUGGAA